AUGGGAUCCAUCGAAAUCAAAGAACAGCAGUACGAUGUGCUCAUCAUUGGCGCCGGUCUGUCGGGUAUCUGUGCACUUAACAACUUCCGAAAGCGCUUUCAGUCAUGGCGCGUUGGAGUUCUCGAGGCAGCCGAUAAUGUCGGAGGAACUUGGUACCACAACCGCUACCCAGGAGCACGAGUCGAUACCGAAUCUCUAUCGUAUGCGUACUCGUGGGACAGAGACCUUUUGAACGAAUGGACCUGGAAAGAAUCCUUCUCUACCCAAUCAGACGUCCUCCGGUAUAUUGAACAUGUCUGUGACAAGCACAACCUCUACAAAAAUAUCCAGCUCAAUACUCGCGUUAAAACGGCUGUUUGGCAGGAUAAAAACAAUACUUGGCUGUUUCGCGACGAAGCCGGCACCCAUCACCGGACCCGUUUCUUCGUUAGCUGCAUGGGUUUCCUAUCAACUCCAACACUUCCUGCCAUUCCAGAUAUCGAACUGUUCCAAGGAAAAGCCUUUCACACCUCGCACUGGCCUAAGGAUUUCGACAUGAGUCGUGAUUUGACCAAUAAGCGAGUAGGUGUCAUCGGCACCGGCGCAACGGGAAUUCAAACAAUUACAGCGGUAUCAAAAGAGCCGAGCAUCAAGUCGUUGAAUGUUUUUCAACGCACGGCAAAUUGGUCCGCGCCUCUACGAAACGAGCCGAUUACCCCCGAGCAAAUGGAACAGCACCGCAAGGACUACGAUGCCCUUUUUCAACUCUGCGCCGAGACACCCAGCUGCUUCAUGCACCAGGCCGAUCCACGCAAAUCCCUAGAAGUAUCUGCCGAAGAGCGCUUGGAGCUUUGGGAGCGUAUCUAUGCAAUGCCCGGUUUUGCCAAAUGGCUCGGCACAUUCAGUGACACAUACAAUAACCGUGAAGCAAACAAACUAUAUUCCGACUUCAUGGCCAGCAAGAUUCGGGCUAGAAUAAAUGACCCGGAUAUUGCUGACAGCCUGAUUCCCAAAGACCACGGCUUCGGCACACGGCGAGUUCCUCUUGAGAGUGGAUACUUUGAAGCAUUUAACCAGCCCAAUGUCCACCUUGUUGACCUUAAGAAAACGCCGAUUGAGAGAGUCACAAAGAAUGGUAUCAUCACAUCCGAUGGACAAGAGCAUAAGCUGGAUGUUUUGAUCUAUGCAACGGGAUUUGAUGCCAUUACCGGCGCCUUCAGUUCCAUCGAUUGGACAGGGAAGGACAGUCGACCUCUUCUCGGCUCUAGCAACACCAAGGAAGGUGAUCAAGCAAUUUGGGUUGAUCACCGGCCCCGUACAUACUUGGGUAUGACGGCUUGCUCUAUGCCCAACAUGUUCAUGGUCCUGGGUCCCCACCAACCAUUCGGCAAUGCUCCCCGAACCAUCGAGCAUGCCGUGGAGGUUAUUUCUGAUCUCUUGCAGCACUGCAAGGACAAUAACUACUCUUAUGUAGAGCCCACAGGAGAGGCUGUUGAUGCAUGGACGGAACAUGUUGUUGAAAGCAGUAAAGGUGCUUUGUCAAAUGAAAUCGAUAGCUGGAUGACAGGGGUCAAUACGAAUGUGAAGGGCAAGACUGUUCGAAGUGUCGCGCGUUACGCUGGCAGUGCGGUGGAGUAUCGCCGGAGAUGCGCCGAGUCCAGGGCAGGUGGUUGGAAAGGUUUGGCAUUCGCUCAGCUCUCAAGUUCCAAGCUUUGA